CGUUUUUUUCUUUGACACCAUAUGAYCAAGUAUCAGAUAACCUCGUUUAGUUGCGGAGAAGUUUUCACCUUUACUCCCUCGCCGGUGUAUUUCAACGCCUUAAUGCAAAUACAACUAUAACAGUUAGGUGUUGUAAGAGUGAUUGCGCUACUGAGACUGAUGCCAUGUCUGAUUUGGUGGAUGCCAAAGGGAUAGCUGCACAUGGGCUGGGCAGUCCCUCAGUGCAAAGGUUUACGACAAAGAAUCCUGAAGUAGACGCUAAGCCUCCGGCUGACAUGUACACAUAUAAGAUGAACUACCCCAGCCUUGGACAGUGUGUCAUCAUCAACAACAAGAACUUUGACAAGCACACAGGAAUGAGCCUUCGCAAUGGAACAGACGUGGAUGCAGGACAUGCGAUCAAAGUGUUCUCGAGUUUGGGGUACAAAGUGAAGGUUGCCAAUGACCAGACUGUGCAACAGAUACAACAGCUGCUUUACAAAGUGUCUCAAGACGACCACAGCCAGUCGGCCUCCUUUGUGUGUGUGAUGCUGAGCCAUGGAGACGAGGGGGUGUUUUAUGGCACAGAUGGCAACGUAGAACUCAAGAAGCUCACUGGCCUCUUUAGGGGGGACCGCUGCAAAACGCUGGUGGGCAAGCCCAAACUCUUCUUCAUCCAGGCGUGCCGUGGCAAUGACCUGGAUGGUGGCAUAGAGACAGACGCCGUUGCUGAUGACUCUCCAGAGAGGAUUCCUGUUGAGGCAGACUUUCUCUACGCUUAUUCUACAGCCCCAGGCUACUACUCCUGGAGGAACACCCAGAAGGGCUCCUGGUUCAUGCAGGCCCUCUGUGAGAUGUUACAAAGGUAUGGCAAACAGCUGGAGAUCAUGCAGAUCAUGACACGUGUCAACCACAUGGUGGCACUUGACUUCGAGUCUUUCUCCAACAUGCCCGGCUUUACUGCCAAAAAGCAGAUCCCUUGCAUUGUGUCUAUGUUGACCAAAGAUCUCUACUUUCCACAUUGAUUUGAUAUUGUUGUCUAGACAUUACUAUGACUUGAUUGUGUAUCCUGUGGCACCUUUUUAGGUAUGUGCACAAUGUUUACUGGACUUCUAAGUAGUGCUGAGCAAUUAAACAACAUUUCUAAAUGACCAAUUGACCAAUGUCGGUUCAAUAUUUGAAUUCCCUUUAUGCACAUUUUCUCUAGAGAUAAACCAGAUCAAGCCCGAACUGCAACGUAGGAGGGAGUUGUAGUUUCCAACAGGACAAUAUUCUACAUGGUUUAGUGCAGAAAACGUGGUAAUUAACUACCAUGACCAAAAUCCUACUUGAGAAAGAAGAACAUGCAAUCGAGAGGGAUAGAGAGCAGUUGCUUCGCGAGGGAUCUAUCUGAUAAUACAUUAUCUAAGUGACUGGUAUUCAGCAGCUACAAAAGUAUGCCUUAUUUACUUUGAAGAACUACUAAAAUUGUUAUUUUGUCAGACAGCAUAGGCAGAAGCUCUGUAGAGAGGAUGACUAAUAUAUAUUUUUUAAAUUGUCAUCAAAUAAAAAAAACUAAAAAGUAAUCAAAAUAAAACAAA